AUGUUUGUUUUGUUAACAGUCGUAACUAAGCGAUAGUGUCUAAUGUCUGACCAGGUUGGGAGAGCAACUUUGAUGGAAGAUUAUUUUGUUAACCACACUACGCCAUGGCAACGACAAACUUGAGUCUUUCUGAUCAAUUUCUGGAGGAUAAUUUCUUCCAUGAAGAUGAAUUCGCUGCAUUUCAAAAGAACAUAUCUUAUCCAUUUGAUGAUCUCUGUAGAAAAACUUUGCAGGACAUUGAGAUUUCCAUAAAUAGCAGUCCCAUACAGUGUAAUUCUUUAACUGAAGAGGUCUGCUGGCAUGAUCUCAGUGAUAGUUCAGAUAGUGGGGUUCAUGGUGUUACUCUUAAACCGGAGCCUUUGUCACCACACUCUAACAGUUCAGAUGGAUCUGCUAAUGAUCUGGCUAUCAAACAAGAACCAUUGUCCCCUUCUUCAACACCUGGCUCUGAUUCUGGCAUAGAAAGUUAUAAACCCAUAAAUGACCAGUUUCAUUACCAUUCUGAUCUAAAGUCAGAAUCAAAAGAUUUUGUCCUCUCUUUUGUAAAUCAGGCUAAUGCCAAUGCUGCAAAUUCUGUAAUCAACCCUGGUGUUGGCUCAAAUCUUACUAACCCUUCAGUCAUGCAAGUAAUGCAGAGCAAUCUUCUUCCCACUCAGCCGGUCACCUGUCUCACUUCAGUUCCUUCACCAACAUUGACAUCAUCUAACAUUAGCACCAUUGUAAACUCUAAAGUGAAGAUUAAACCAAGAAUGUCUGAUGGCCAGAAUCCUUUGACUACUUCCAAGACCAAUGGUGAAUGCUGGCCCACCUCAGUGCCACCACAGACCACAUCAAAUGGAAUCUCAGUACCAAACUACCCAGUUUGUUCUUCAACAGAUCUUCACCCACAGAAUGAUGCAACUACAGUUACAUCUGAAUUUAUUGACAUGAAUGGCACCAAUCCUUUGCAUUCCAACCUAAAUAAUAGUUUCAAAGCAUUAAAACGACAACAGAGAAUGAUCAAAAACAGAGAAUCAGCCAGUUUAUCACGGAAACGGAAGAAAGAGUAUCUCCAAAACUUGGAAACAACUUUAAAUGAAUUCACCAAACAGAAUGAUGAACUUCAAAAAGAAAACCAAAAACUGAAAAAUAAAAUUUUCCUACUUGAAUCUGAGAAUGCCAAACUGAAGAAAUGUGUUCCCGUGUUAAGUAGCAAAAAGACAUUCCUUUUGACUAUAGUUCUCAUGUUAACAAUGAGAUUGGGACCACUCAGUUACUUUUCUCUCAAAGACUCAAAUACUGUAGAAAAUUUAAAAAAUGAAUUCAGCAUGCCACUUGGUCGGCAUCUAUUGUCAUUUGGUGAUAAAUAUGGUGGCAAGUUACUACAAGAAGCUUUGUCUUCAAAGUGGAGAGAUAGAAUGAGCAAAGUAGCACCCAGUAAUGAUGUUCUCUUUGAACACCCACCAUUCCUUGCAAAUAAUACAGACUCUAAAAGACAGAAAUGUUCAAGUGAGUUCAACAAAACAGAAUCAAUAAGAAUUGCUCGAGAUCUCUCAGACUGGAUGCUGUUACUUGAACAGCAAAAGAAAAAAAAUACUUUAAAGAAACCUGCUUUCAAAAAGAACAGCCAUAACCAUGAAACAGUAUUUCAGUUCAAGAAAUUCACAAACAAUGGUCACUUUGAUGCCUGGCAAAAGCUCAGAGCUGACUACCAAAAAUAUGAACUGCUUCCUUUUGAAAAUGGUCCCAGAAAUAAGAAAGAUUACCUUAAAAAUAUUCCUCGAAGAAAUGAUACUUUCUAUGUAUUAUCUUUAAGCAUGGAUCACUUUCUACUGCCUGCAACUGCGCACAAUAAAACUAUGCGACCUCGAAUGUCCAUGAUGAUGCCUGCAUUAGCCCUCAAUGAUUCUGUGCACCGUCCUGACGGAAGUAUUGGGCUGAUUCAAAUUGACUGUGAAGUUGUUAGCACCCAACUUAUACAUGUUCAUGAUAAGUAUGAGACAAGAAACCAAUUACAACCAAAUGGCUCUCAUUCUGUUCACACAAACAGCAAACCAACAAAGCACAAGAGAAAAGUAUAAGAACAAAUCAUUUGGGACUCAUAUUUUUUUAUUUAUUCAUAUUUAUUGUUUGGGGAUAUUUUCACCUUGCUAUGAGUUAGCAGAGUAACGUGGAUGUUGACAGAAACUCUAGUUUAGCAAAAACUCUAGUUAUACAUUAUACAUUCAGACACGUAUACUUCUUUAUAAUACACAAUAUACAUUGUUUUCAUAUCA